AUGACCACUGCUCCGAAGAAACUCGAUGUGUACUCGACCACGAACGAUUACUCCAAGACCUACGUCUUUCACGACGAAGAUCAUACACUUGGUAAUGCUUUGCGAUACGUAUUAAUGCGCAACCCUGACGUUGAAUUUUGCGGCUAUACGAUUCCACACCCCUCAGAGCCCAGAAUGCAUAUUCGUCUACAGUCUCGUAAAGGUGCACCAGCUGACGAGGCACUACGUUCGGGGUUGACAGAUCUUCGUAAAGUAUCGGCGCAAAUUGGAGACGCUUACCGUAAAGAGCUCAAGGCGUUCAAGCGCAAGACACGCAAGAAUUAG